CGAAGUUUAUUUCAAAAGAUUGUAACUCCAAAAACAAAUAGUCUUCUAUUUUCUGCUCUUGGUCAAACAUAGAACCCUUUUACGAUGGAGCUUUCGUUCGCAAAAAGAAAGCUCGUGAUACGGUGAAAGGUUUUUAAUAUCAAUUAAAUCGAAAGAUUCACUCCGACCUGUGUGUGAGAGAGAGAGUAUAAAGUAACAGUAUGUAACCUAAUCUCUUUCAAAUUAAUAGAAAAUACAUUUUACCUGCAUGACACUUAUAAAAGUCAAGCUAGCUUCGCUUUAAGGUCAUACACAUGCGUUCAUUACUGGCAACAAAAACACUAAAAAGAGGUUCAAAAAUUAGUUUUAGUAAAUACCGUAUUUAUAAAAAGAGUUUCAUGGGUCAAAUAUUGCACAAAAUUUCUAACACUCUCUUACCAAGCACCCUGUUCACCACCUGUCUGAAACGCAGACGAAAUCUACAAAAUAAAGGCAAUGCAGCCAAAAGACAACGUAUUUCCUACGAUGAACCUUUGAAUUCGGUGUAUGUAACACAUUCAAACGUGAUAAAUAUUACACCUGAAAUAAUAAGACCUUCAAAACAUAUAUACAUUGAUAAUGCAAAACCUAACACUAAUGAAGAGGAAAUUUCACACAAAACACGCACUGAACUCAUAACUGUAUUCAAGAAAGAACCAGAAGAAACUGCAGUACAUAUAACACCAAAAAUUGAGAAUCACCAGAUAAAACAAGAAAUCACAGCGGAAACUUCGAACUACGAACAGGUAAAGGAAGAAGUAACUAAUACUGAAGAUCAGUUAAUCAUAGACGAAACAAUUGAACAUGCCAACGAGCGUGACAGAGAACAACUCUCCGACGAGUGCUCAACAGAAAUAACUGACGAUUUCAGCAGCUCGAAUGUAACUGAGAAAGAAACAGAUGAAGACUCACAUAUGAUAAAACUAGGACCGAAUGGUACAGCAAUACCGAAAGCGAGGUACGACAAGAUUCGUUGGUCUAGCAGUUCGUUUGCAACACGAAAACUGCUUAUGUGCGUAUUUGGCGGCGAAACGCUUGCCACGCACUCCUUCAGCGGCAGGAUUGCGCCAUUGUACUAUAAGCAUAAAGAUACCAAAAAGCCCAGAUUAGAUCCAGAGAAGGUAGCUGAUAUAAUUUAUUGCGUGCAGAAGCGAUUUCAAUGCUCCGAGAAAACAAUUCGAGCUGCGAUCUCCUCAAAAUGCGGAGACGAAGCGAAACGCAGCAAAGUGUGAAUUUUGGAGAUGCUAUUGUUUUGUAAAUUUUGGGAAAGAAAAAAAUAUAUAAAACUUGACGAGUCAUAUUUUUGUUGUUUUUUGUUUAAUUUUAUAAUAUAUAGGGAGAGUUCUUGGAGAUACGCUGCGUGGCAUUGAAAUUUCCUUCAACUCCGUGGAGCGUACAGCUUUUUAAGAGGAAUGGAAAAGAAAUUUAUUUGGAAUGAAAUUAACGCUACUACUCUCUCUUUUACUGUAGAGAACAUUCUCUUUGUAUAUUCUUUAUUAUUUGUAAAUGAGGGGUAAAAGUGUAAACUGCUCGCAUAAAACUUCUCGGCACAAAUCAUUCGUUUGCGGUUCUAUCUACAACUAUAUUUUUAGGCAUCACCUCAUAAC